AUAGCAGUAAGAGAAACCCCUCCCUACCACACAUUGACUGAGCAUUUGUCUGUAGCUAUUCUUAUGCUAUCGCUCAUAGAAUGCACUUCAAUACCUCUAAUACUGAUUUAAUUAUAGGGAAAAAAACUUGGAGCUAUCAAUCCCUUGCUGAUGAAGACAGCUCAAAAUGCUGUAUUUGCAAGGAAGAUAUAGCCAGCCUCGACUUCUGCCAUAAAUGCCACAACGCUGUGCAUGCACUUGUCCCCUGCUCAACUGAAGACGAACGGGGUAUUAGGCUCUGUAAUUUCUGCUGUGACUAUAGUGUAGGCUCCCAAGAUGUAGAUGAGGCCUAUUUGUGUCUUGGCUGCUCAGAAUUGUUGGAAAUGACCAUUUGGACUAAGUCUGGGAAGCGGCAAGGGUGCUUUUAUUAUAGGUGUCGAGCAGGAGAAACACCUAAAUGUAAAACCACAUUUGACUUUUGGGCACCAGGCGAGUAUCCCUGA